AUGGCAUCGGCAAAGCGAACGUGGUGGGUUGUUCUCGCGCUGUCCGGUGUUCUGAAUGUGAGCUCCUGCUGGACUUUCACUUGUCCGUCGAUUUGUGAAUGUUCAAUGAAGAGCGAUACAUGUUACACAUACACCAGAGAGAAACUCAGUUGCACGAGGGAAACACAACUGAAGUCCCAAGCCACUCCAUCAUUCAUUCGAAACUUAAGACUAACUCAUCUGCCGUUGACUGAAGUUCCAAGCAAUGCCUUCAGAGGACUGAUCAACGUGUCCAGAAUUGAGAUCUCUCAGAGUGACUGCACCAGGAACAUAAGAAGUCAUGCAUUCCUCUCUCUCCACAGCCUAGCUGAGAUACAGAUACAGAACAUCAGAAAUCUGAUCAGUAUAGAGAAGGGGGCCUUCACUGAUCUUCCCAGGCUGAGAUACCUGAGUAUCUGUAACACAGGAAUAAUACACUUUCCUGACUUCUCCACCAUCUCCUCCCUGGUGAUACUGGAGUACUUCUUCCUUGAGCUGGGAGACAACAUGCAGCUCCACAGUAUACCUGCCAAUGCCUUUCAAGGGAUCACAGAGGAGAGUGUGUACAUGAAUAUUAAAAAAAAUGGAUUCAAGGAAAUCAAGUCGCACGCUUUCAACGGAACAAAGCUGGAUAGACUGAUUCUGAAAGACAACAGGUAUCUGAGAAACAUCCAUGAAGAUGCCUUUGAGGGAGCGUCAGGGCCAACUGUGCUUGACGUCUCCUCCACAGCUCUCCACACACUUCCCCGUCGAGGCUUGGGACAUUUGAAGGUCCUGAUCGCCCGUUCUACCCCCUACCUGAAGACUCUACCCCCUCUGGAAAGCCUCCUAGAGCUGGAGGUGGCAGAGGUCACUUACCCCAGCCACUGCUGUGCCUUCCACACCUGGCGACGCAACAGGGAAAAAGUUGUCCUUGCACUCUCUCCGAACCUCAGAAGGCUGUGCGAUGAUGAUGACGAAAUCAAGGACAAUGUGACAGACCUGUACGACAUCAACCUCCAAUACCCAGACCUGCAGCUGAGCCUGUGUCCUGGACCCUUCCAGUGUACCCCAGAGCCCGAUGCCUUCAACCCCUGUGAGGACCUGCUGGGGUAUUCCUUCCUCCGCUCAGUCACCUGGCUCAUGACUGUGUUUGCUGUGCCCGGGAACAUGGCCGUGCUGGUCGUACUAAUCAUCAGCCACCAGAAGCUCAGUGUCUCUCGGUUCCUGAUGUGUAACCUGGCCUUCGCAGACCUCUGCAUGGGGGUAUACCUCCUCCUCAUUGCAGCCAUGGACUACCACUCACGCAAUGAGUACUACAACUACUCCACGGACUGGCAGAUGGGCACGGGUUGUGGCGUGGCGGGGUUCCUGACGGUGUUCGCCAGCGAGCUGUCGGUCUACACACUGACCAUGAUAACGUUAGAGCGGUGCCACACCAUCACCAACGCCAUGCACAAGAACAAGAGGCUGCGGCUGAGGCAUGUGAUGGCCUUCAUGGCUGGGGGGUGGGGCUUCUCUCUAUUGGCCGCUCUGCUUCCUGUCCUCGGGGUCAGCAGCUACACUAAGGUGUCGAUCUGCCUGCCCAUGGACAUCGAGUCCCUAGCCUCCCAGGUGUAUGUUGUAGCCCUCCUCCUCCUCAACAUCACCGCCUUUUUCAUCGUCUGCUACUGCUACGUACGCAUCUACCUGUCCAUCCACAACCCCGACUUAGCAACCCGCCACCGUGACUCCAAGAUCGCCAAGCGCAUGGCCGUCCUAAUCUUCACCGACUUCCUCUGCAUGGCACCCAUCUCAUUCUUUGGCAUCUCGGCGGCUCUCCGCAUGCCCCUCAUCACCGUCUCCCACUCCAAGAUCCUCCUCGUCCUCUUCUACCCAAUCAAUUCCCUCUGUAACCCGUUCCUCUACACCAUCUUUACUCGAUCGUUUCGGAAGGAUAUGCGUUUGUUGUUGAGUCGCUGUAGUUGUUGCCAUGCCAGAGCGGAGUUCUACAGGGCACAGAACCUGGAAGCACACACUAUACCACCUAAGGAUAGGACUACGUCCCCCAGAAACCAUACUCUCAGGUUCUACACCUACCACCACAAGAUGCAGGGAUGCUUUCUCUGCAAGGGAGGCGGAGCCACAUGA